AUGAUGCAGCAGGACUUCACCUACCCGAAUCAGCCGCGCGCGAGGCAAUUCCGAUCUGUGCGAGAAACAGACGAGCCUGUGCAGCGCCAAACUUUGCUUCCUUUUCCGGACCCGCUUCGAUAUCGCAUUCUCCACCGCUGGGGGUACGUCUUGCCGCCCGUUAACGACGAUACAUACGCUCAUAUCGGCAAUGCUUUGUUAUCAAAUGAAGACAUCUGGAGCAUCAUGCAGCUCACAGGGAUCUAUAGUUGGUAUAGAGACACUGUUUUGGAUGCUGCGCUGGAGCUGACCUCUCUCUAUUACGAUGGUGAGACAAAUGGUAUUGCAGUCGCCAGUUCCACGACAGCACAAUGCGUGCAAUUUGCGGCAACGGGAGUCGACGAUGCAGCUAUGAUCGAGCUACGAGCGUACAAGACAAUGUUUGACGACAAGAAGUGGAUAUUCGUACCUCUCAACGAUGGUAUGGGUGGCACAUCUGCAGAAGAAGUUCGAGGUGGUCACUGGGCCCUCCUUGCCAUCGACCGCCCAAACAAGCGAGCGCACUAUAUUGACGGACUGUUCAGUUGGGCUGUUGAUUGGCAAAAUAUUGCCCAGAGUCUUGCACUUGCUUUCGGAAACUUGCUCGGGGACGGAAAGUAUGACUUUUACGUCGAACAGAACGCUCCUCACCAGUGGAACCACAAUAGCUUCGGCAGUGCGGACUCGGGUCCAUGUGGUCCAUAUGUUGUGAAGAUGGUCCAGACUAUGAUGCACCAUAUCUACCACUCUCAGCUUCACGGAGUCGAGGACCAGAUUUCACUCCACCUCGAAUAUGGGAUGAGUUUUUUGUUUAUAUUCAACUCAUUCGAGGAGCGCCAGUCUCUCGUGUACACCCUAGCAGGUUUCAAAGCCAGCCAAGUAGCGAAUGAUCGCGCAAUGAAGCACGAUGACAUGGUACUUGGCCAGCCACGUCCGCUUGGUCUCAUUGAGCUCCGCAACCCGGCUUCGUUGGUGUACGAUUCGGCACUGUUCGAACGCAAUUCUUUGACAUUCCAUAAGCUAGAAUACCACCGCAUUCUUGCUCUCCACCAGCACCAGCGUAAUAUGUCGACCUCCACCCAGAGCUCCAGCGGUAGCUCUGGAGGCAUCGAUAUCACUAGCGUGGCUAGCGGAAGUCAGAUCCCAGUUGGGUACGACGGGUCCCAGGACGAUCAAAUCGCGAACGAAGUGGAGAUGCGCGACCGGCCAGCCUCGACUGUGGGAACUGACGACGACUAUGUCCGUAUCGAAGAAGUUCCGAAUAACGAAUUCUCGCCAUAUUGGUAUAUCCGCGAGCACCUGGAACUUCCCUCCAAUGUCAGUCAAAAUCGUGCUGAGAUGAUCCGCCCUCAUCAGAAUACCCAAAGAAGUAACGAUCAGUACCCUCAGUAUCCGAUCCACGCUGAUCAGAAUCUGUACCUCCGGGAUAGGGUCGACGAAAUGUUCGAUGACUAA